GAUGGCGACAACGUCGCCCGUGCUGCUUUACUCACAAGAAACGCGCGCUUGUCGAAAAAUCGUACGCGCGGUACGUACGUCGAAAUUACUCAAAAAAGCUGUUGCCUUUCCCUGUAACAUGUUUAAAGAUUAUUGGCUCAUUUGUGUACAUAUAUAUUCGCAAUUAAAUGCAGCCUCAAGAAUAAUAAUUACAAAUAAAAUCCAAUAACCGGAUGUAUCUUAAGUGAAAAUAUAUCGAAAAAUCAUUCACGGAACAAAACAAAACAGUGUUACAUUAACAACAGCAGCGGCAGCGCAAAAGAAAGGAUUAAACACAAAAAAGCACCGGGCAAAAAAACUAGCUAUACCACAAACCGGCAAAAGCAGCACCAGCAGCAGAAGCAUAUUCGGAAGCAGCGGCCAUAUAAUUCAUUUGGAUAAAUAAACACACAAAACAAAACACAACAAAAAGACCCUGAACGUGUAAAAAAUAUUGAAGGCUUGCUGCUAGAACGAAAAGAAAAAAGACUACCCACCACAACUUGGAUUAGGAAUAAGGAGUAGGAAUAAAUAAAAAAAACAGUAAUCGUCAGGCUAUACAAUUGGAAUUGCAAUAAAGCCAGGUGGAAGAAGGAUACGACGAGACGUUGGACGACUCCUCGUCGUCCAAACGCCAGCUGGGCCAGCCUCAAUACGCCCUGCGUAUUGCCCAUGCAGUAUCUGGAGAAUCUGUUGAGGAACAUUGCUUAGCAUGAAGCAACGGAAUACACAACAGCAUUAUCCAUCAAUCAGUGGAUUAUUAAUAUCGAGGAGAAUCGCAGAAGCAAAUACAGCAGCAGCAGCAGGAGGACAGGCUUUGGAACCCGCCGAAUCAGAAGCAAUAGCAACGACUGAAGGAGGAGUCGGACUAGCCGUAGGCGGAACUGGUGGUUUCCUUUAUCAAUUUUCCAGUAAGGAGAAGAGGACUCACCGGAAGUUAGCUACAUAAUAGGACUUGUACACGAGCGGGCGAUCGCCGCACCGGAGAGGAGACGGACGGAGACGGCCCCGGGCGUGUGUGUUUCUCGUGUCUGUGGUGUCGUGUGUGUGUGUGUCGGCCGUCUCAGUCAAGCAUAAUCAGCAUCAACAGCAGCAGGACAACCAACAUUCACUAGCAAUCGGUCGCAGCAGGACCAGGGACAGAAGCAAAAGCAACAACCAGAAGCCUCACCAUCAGCCAACAGGCGGAGGAGCAGCAGCACCAGCAAUAGCACCACCACUCCACUGUUGUCAUCAUCGUAAUUAUAACUACCAUCAUUAAAAACAAAACCAUGUCGUCCAACGAACCACCACCUCGCUACGAGCCGCCUGUGGAGCCGAUCAAUGGCAUUGUGCAGCCACCGGUAAUGCCUCCAGCGGAUAGACCCGGUCGCAAUACCAAUCAAUUGCAGUUUCUGAUCAAAACCGUGAUGAAGAUGAUAUGGAAACACCAUUUUGCGUGGCCCUUUCAGCAGCCCGUCGAUGCGAAAAAGCUCAACCUGCCCGACUAUCACAAGAUCAUCAAACAGCCGAUGGACAUGGGUACGAUCAAAAAGCGUUUGGAGAACAACUAUUACUGGUCAGCGAAGGAGACCAUCCAUGACUUCAACACGAUGUUUAAUAACUGCUACGUGUACAAUAAGCCCGGCGAGGAUGUGGUCGUGAUGGCCCAGACGCUGGAGAAGGUGUUCCUGCAGAAGAUCGAGACGAUGCCCAAGGAGGAGCUCGAACUGGAACCGGCCACGGCCAAAGGUGGCAAGAAGAAAGCACGUGCCCCGGCCAUACCCAAGUCAGGAUCAGGUGGUGGAGCGGUAUCUGGCACGGGUGCGGCUGUCGCGAAUAGCAGUAAUGGCAGCAGUAGCAGCGGAUCCGUCAAUAAGGUAGCACCAUCGGCCCAACAGUUGCCCAGCAUGGGCAGCGGCCUGGCGGCACAGUCAGCGGGUGCCGGAGGUCACGGAUCAGCGGCGGGGUCGGGUACAACAUCUCGACCCGUAUCAGCGAUGGGCGGAACGGUUUCAUCGACGGCCGGCGGCGGCGGUGCACCGUCCAUACCACCGAUUAGCACAAUGCCUCCGCACACAGUCCCCGGCAGCACCAAUACCACGACGACGGCCACGACGAUGGCCGACGCCAUUAUCGCCAGCAUUCGUAAUACCAGCCAGGCCGCAUAUCCGGGCGCCACCCAGGCCACCUCCUUACUGGACGGCAGCAGCAGUGCGGCUGCAUCGGUAGCGGCAACAACAGCGGCAGCGGCGGCGGCACAAGCAGCGGCGGCAGCAGCAGCAGCGGCGGCGGCCGCAUCAGCGUCUGGCGGAGGAGCGGGAGCUCCCGGCACAGUCAGCACGGCGGGUGGUGUGACAAUACCAUCCGUUAACACCGUCACCACAAAUGUGCACUCCUCCUACGUGAACAGUACGGCGGGCGUUGGAGUCGUCGGUGUGGGUGUCGAUGCGGUGAUACCGCCCCAACAGCCAGCGAAAAUGAAGAAGGGCGUCAAACGGAAGGCGGAUACAACGACGCCGACGGCCAAUGCAUUUGAGUCGCCCUACGCCCAAAUGGAUUCCAAGUCGGCCAAAAUAGCGACGCGUAGGGAAUCUAAUCGUCAGGUAAAGGGCAAAAAGGAUCUUACAUUCCAGGGCUCGGGUUAUGCGAUGUCGCCAUCGAUGGGUGUCGUGCCUGGAUUGGCGGCGGGUGUUGCCGCCAGUGUUGCGGCGGCCAAGUCAAAGGAGAAGCUGUCGGACGCACUUAAGUCAUGCAACGAGAUUCUCAAGGAGCUGUUCAGCAAGAAGCACUCGGGCUAUGCCUGGCCCUUCUACAAGCCAGUGGAUGCCGAAAUGCUGGGACUGCACGACUACCACGACAUCAUCAAGAAGCCGAUGGAUUUGGGCACCGUAAAGCGGAAAAUGGACAAUCGGGAGUACAAGAGCGCACCGGAGUUUGCGGCCGAUGUGCGAUUAAUAUUCACCAACUGCUACAAAUACAAUCCGCCAGAUCAUGAUGUCGUGGCCAUGGGCCGGAAGCUGCAAGAUGUCUUCGAGAUGCGCUACGCCAACAUACCCGACGAACCGGUCUCGAAUGCGGCCCACCAUCAUGCCCAUACGCACGGACAUGGGCACGGGCAUGGACAUGGCCAGAGCCACGGUCACGGACAUGGGCAUGGGCACGGGGGCUAUUCGAGCGCUUCCCUUAAGCACGAUGGCAGCGACUCGUCCAGCGAGGACUCCAGCGACACAGAGAACGAGUCGAACUCGGAUGAGGAGCGCAGCGCCAAGCUGAAAAUGCUCGAGUCCAAGCUGCUCGGUCUCCAGGAGGAGAUCCGAAAACUUUCCGAGGAGGCCUCCGCCAAAAAGAAGGCCAAGAAGAAACUCAAAGAGAAAAAGAAGAGCAUCGGUGGGGGAUCGGGAGCCGGUUCGGGCUCUCAUCAUGCCCAUGGCUCGGCUGGAGGUGGCGCAGGUGCUCCGUCCGCCAGCCAUGGUGGCGUCUCAGUGCCGGCCAGCGUCGUGGCCCUAUCGGCGGGCGGUGCAGCGGGAGCCAACCUAUCUGCCCUACUCAGCGGUUCGCUGGUAGGCGCUAGCGGAGCGGGCGGCGGAGUGCCCAAUGUGUCGGCACUUCAUUCGCACGCCCACGACAUGACCCUUGCCAUGAGCCAACUGACGGGCAAUGCGGCAGCGAUUGGAGCUGGCUUUACGGCCGGCAUACCGCCACCGGGACCAGCGCCGGGCGGCAAGGGAGCCAACAUGGCCAGCGCCAUGGCUGCGGCGGGAGCGGGUCCUGGUGCCUCUGGUGGAACCGGCGGCAGCAGUAAAUCGAAGAGCAAGGGCCAGCGUGGUAAGGGAAGCUCGAGCAAUGCGGGAGCGGGCGGCGCCUCCUCUGGUGUGACGGUGAACGCGGGCAGCGGCAUCGGUGGUGCUGGCGCAGCGUCCAGCGCUGGCAGUGGCGGCGGCAGUGGGGCCACCGGCCCCAGCGGCAAUUCCUCAAAGCGUGGCAAGGGCAGCAAUAGUGCCGGAGGCGGCGGCAGUGGCAGUGCUGCCAAUGCCGCCAAUGCCACCAGUGCAACCGGCGCCGGUGCGCGCGGCAACAGCAAGAAGAAGCCCAGCCAGGUGAUGAACUUUGACUCCGAGGAGGAGGACACGGCCAAGCCUAUGUCGUACGAUGAGAAGCGACAGCUCUCACUGGACAUCAACAAGUUGCCAGGCGACAAGCUGGGGCGUGUGGUGCACAUUAUCCAGAAUCGGGAGCCAUCGCUGCGUGACUCCAAUCCCGACGAGAUAGAGAUCGACUUUGAGACGCUGAAGCCGUCGACGCUGCGCGAGCUUGAAAGCUAUGUGGCGUCGUGUUUGCGCAAGAAAACACGUAAGCCAUGUUAUAAAAAGCCUUCCGGCAAAUCGAAGGAUGAGCAAAUGGCGGAAAAGAAGCAGGAGCUGGAAAAGCGGCUGCAGGAUGUCACCGGCCAACUGGGGGCCAGCAAGAAAAACGCCAAGAAAGAUGAUUCCACCUCGAACAAAGUGGAGGCUGUGCAGCCAGCGAAUCCCGUGUCGUCGAGUUCCAGUUCCAGCGAUUCAUCGUCCUCGAGUUCGAGUGAUAGCAGUUCGAGUGACUCGAGCGACAGUGAAGCAGGUGAUGGCGACGAGCGACCUCCGCGCAAAAAGAAGCCACGCGACUCAAAUGGCAGCAAUGUAAAUAAUCCCAGCCUCAACGUUGUUCUGGGAGGAGCCCUGCCGAGUGGCGGCUUGACGCCGACGCUCCUUCACAUGGGCCUGGACCACGUGCUGAACCAAAACUCACCCUCGUCACAAAUGGCCAAUCUGUUGGGCAAUCCGAAUCCCAUGACGGCGGCUGCCAUGCUGAACAAUAACAACAAGACGACGUUGCAGGUCGGCGGCAGCUUCGGCGGCGCCACCGCGGGCGGCAACAACAGCAUGCUGCACGGCUCGGUUGGUGCAACGGCGCACCACAAGAACGGACAAAACGAUCACCUAAUGACUGGCAAAGUGCCGCCUGGCGGUGGAGCUGCCGGAGCCGCUUCCCUGCCUCCCCACAGCUAUGCCGGCAGUGUGCCUACCCAGGCCGCAAGUCUGGGCGGAGGGGGCGGCAUACGAAUAGCCAGCAAUCUGCACAAGCAACCCAAUCUGCCCGGUGGCGAUCUGGUCGAGAAUCACGCGGCGCUGACCGCUGCCUUGACGUCGACCGUCAACAGCAACAGCGGCGUCGGCAGUGGAGCUGGAGGGGGCGCCGGCCUGAGUAACACCAGCAGUGGCACCGCCUCGGGCCACACACAUAACACCAACCCAAUGGGUGGCCAGGGUGAUGGCUUGACGGGCGCCUCGCUGGCAUCGGGCCUCAAGCAAAUUCCGCAGUUCGACGAUCCCGUCGAGCAGUCGCUGGCCUCCCUGGAGUUCAGUGCGGCGGCGGCCUCCACGGGCAAAUCGGGCCUAACCGAUAACUUUUUGAUGGCCCAGCAGGGACACCUGAUGCAGCAGCCUGGUCAGCAGCCGCAGCCGCCCUUUGGACACCACCAGCAGCAGCAGCAACAUCAGCAGCAACAGCAGCAACAGCAGCAACAGCAGCAGCAGCACCAGAUGGACUACAUGACGGAACUGUUGACAAAGGGAACUGAGAAUGUGCCCGGUAUGAACGGAAACCUUUUGAACUUUAACCUCGAUAUGGCGGCUGCGGCAGCCUAUCAACAGAAGCAACACCACGGCCAGCACUCCCAGCAGCAGCAACAGCAGCAACAACAACAGCAGCAGCAGCAGCAACAACAGCAGCAGCAACAACAGCAGCAGCAGCAGCAGGCGCACAACAAUGGCUUCAGUGUGGCAGACUUUGGCAUGCCAGGAUUCGAUAAUCUGACGGCAACAGCAUUCCUUGACCUUGAGCACCUGCAGCAGCAGCACAUGCAAAUUCAACAGCAGCAACAACAACAACAGCAACAGCAACAACAACAACAACACCAACAACAGCAGCAGCAGCUCCACCAUCCACAGCAGUCCCUGCAGCAGCUCCAUGCCCACCAGCAGCAGCAGCUGCAGCUGGCCAACAAAAUGCUCCUCAUACCGAAACCGAUCGAGUCGAUGAUGCCCAGUCCGCCAGACAAGCUGAAGGCAAUGCUGAAGGUAUCCCAAUCGCCCUCCGACCUGAAGAUGCACUCAAGCCAGGCGGCGGCAGCCCAGAGUAUGCUGGCGCAGUCCUUCAAGGCGGCCGAGCAGAACCUGAAGAACGCCAGCUCGUGGUCUUCGCUGGCAUCGGCCAGCUCACCGCAGAACACUUCGAGCAGCUCGAGCAGCAGCAAGCCGAAGCCGGCGAUGGACUCAUUCCAGCAAUUCCGCAAUAAAGCCAAAGAACGUGACCGCCUCAAGCUGUUGGAGGCGGCCGAGAAGGAGAAGAAGCACCAAAAGGAGGCUGCCGAGAAGGAGCAGCAGCGCAAGCAUCACAAGUCAUCCUCGUCUUCAUCCGCCUCACAGGCGGCUCAGGCUGCCGCUGCCGCUGCAGCAGCCGCCGCAGCAGCAGCUGCCGCAGCGGCAGCGGCAGCCUCCUCAGCAAACAUCUCCACCGGAAAUGCGCCUCAGUCUGGGGCAGGACAGAUCAGCAGUGAUAGGGAGAGGUCAAGCAGUGCUGUGGAUGCCACCCGAAUGGGCAGCGGUGGUGGUGGUGGUGGAGGCAACGGCGGCCUACUCCUGCCCGGCAAUGGCAACAACAGCAGCAACUCGGCCAACAGCAACGGACCCGGCAGUGCGGGCAGCGGCAGUGGGGGCCCCGUCAGUGCUGGUGGUGGUGGUGUUGGUGGUGGCCCGGCAAGUGGCGGCGGACCGAACAGUGGCGGCUGCAUCAUCGGACCACUGGCAAACACAGGCAGUAACAGCAACAGCGGCGUUGGCAGCGGUGCCACAAGCAGCAACAGCAAUAGCAGCGUGGGCGGUGUGGUCGGCAGCGGAGGGCCCGGCUCCAACAGCCAAGGCAGUAGCGGUGGGGGCGGGACCAUGGGCAGCGGACUCCUUGAAUAUGGCCCACAGGCGGUGGUGCUCACUCAGGCGGUGGCGAAUGCCCAGGCCCAUCACGUAUCGACAACAAUGGCAGCACAGACCGUUCUGGCUUCCUCGCCCCUCGAGGCCAUGGAGAGUGGGAGGAAAAGCGUGCAUGACACCCAGUCCCAGAUAUCUCGUGUUGAAGACAUUAAGGCGUCGCCGGGCCAGGGCCAGGGUCAGAGCUCACCGGCACAGCAAUCGCCGCAAGAUCGAGCAGCUGCCAAGCGUGCGGAGCAGCGAAGAGCGGAGCAGGAGAGACGCAGACGCGAAGCGUUGGCUGGCCAAAUCGACAUGAACAUGCAGAGUGAUCUUAUGGCAGCGUUUGAGGAGACGUUGUAGGACAAGGCCUUUGGAGGACAGCAACGGACAUAUACGCAUCCCAGAACCAGCAUCCUCAUUGCUGCUCCGAGAAUGCCGUCGUCGCUUUCAAAACGUCGGGCGGCGAGAACGUCAAAGCAUCUGCCACAACAGACAACGAUGGAGAGUAGCACCAGCAACAGCAACAGCAACAGCAACAGCAACAGCAAUAGAGACCAUAAGAAACAUGCCAGCAGCAGCAGCAGCCACGAACCAAAACACAGUAGCAGCAGCGUUGGCAGUAAC